AGAAUCCGUCACCACAAACACACCACACGCGCGCGCGCGCGGGCUCCAUGACCGCUCUCCCUCUCUCUCACACUCCCUCUCUCACCAUCCUCACUUUUUCUCUCUCACACCAUUCAGCUCCUGCUCCUCUUGCGUCCUCUCGCUCCUUCCUCUCAAGAGGGAGUUUGUGAGCACCAACUGCGUCUGUGCCUGUGCGUGAACGCGUGCCUUCCCUGGAUGUGUGGGUCAAAGCGGGAUAGUGCGUGACUGGACGUCUGCCUACUUCUGCUUCUAAGUAAGGGGAGCAGCGAGGCGUAUCGAGUGUAUGUGGGUCUCUCUCUCAUCCUCACACACUCGCCACUCCUCCUUUUCUUGGGAUCCCCGCGGUCCUUUCCUCGGUGGCAGGCUCCACACACCCAGCAGUCACCAUUUCCGCCCCCGGGAGACCCACGCUGGCAGCUCAGCCCCUUCCCCGACUCAGCAUCGGGAGGAAGACCCUGGUGGCGGCCGCCGUCGGGGUCAUGCUCGUCCUGGUCCUGGUCGUCCUCAUCCCCGUGCUGGUCAGCUCCGUGGGCACCGACGCGAGCCACUACGAGAUGCUGGGUACCUGCCGCAUGGUGUGCGACCCCUUCCUCAACAAGGGCACCACAGUGAGCAGUACCAGCUCCAGCGGCAUCCAGGCAGAGGCUGAGGCGCUGAGCGACAACAGCAACAUGCCCUCCACCCUGGUCCAGGGACCCCAGGGCAAGCCCGGAAGGCCAGGGAAGCCUGGACCCCCGGGGCCACCUGGGGAACCGGGGCCACCCGGGCCGGUGGGGCCCCCUGGUGACAGAGGGGACCGGGGCAGGACUGGGAUCUUGGGCUUGGGGGGAAACGGAGCUAUCAGCACGGCCACCUAUAGCACAGUGCCCCGGGUGGCCUUCUACGCAGGGCUAAAGAACCCCCACGAAGGCUACGAGAUCCUCAAGUUUGACGACGUAGUCACCAACUUGGGCAACAACUACGACGGCAUCUCUGGCAAGUUCAUCUGCAGCAUUCCCGGCACUUACUUCUUCAUAUACCACGUGCUGAUGAGGGGAGGGGAUGGGACCAGCAUGUGGGCAGACCUCUGCAAAAACGGCCAGGUGCGGGCCAGCGCUAUAGCGCAGGACGCAGACCAGAACUACGACUACGCCUCCAACAGCGUCAUCCUCCACCUGGACGCAGGCGACGAGGUCUACAUCAAGCUGGACGGGGGCAAGGCCCACGGGGGCAACAACAACAAGUACAGCACCUUCUCCGGGUUCAUCCUCUACGCUGACUGAAACCCCGCGCCCAGCACCUUGCAUACAGAGACAGACUCAGAGGGACAAAGAGAGAUUAAGAUAAGAGAAGAAGAGGAUUGUUAUGGGGGGGAUGAGAGGGUUCGAAGACGGAAACCGUUCAAAGUUGACAGAUUCUCUCCAUCCAUACACUUUUGCUAACACAAAUCAAUCACUAUUCAAGGUUCCUCCGCUCAGUGUGGAUGU